AUGGAAAUUUUACGCAAACUUCUAUUAUUUAUUGUUAUUAUAUGUCAUAUUUCAAUAGCAUAUGGUAAAGAAAAGACAAUUAAAGAUACUGUUGUCGAUGGAGCUACCCAAAUUAAAGAUACUGUUGUUGAUACAGUUUCGGAUAGUGUUAAAUCUGGAGCAAAACUAGCAAGUAAUGCUGCUAAAACUGCCGGUGAUUAUGUGGCUGAUGCUGCUGCAACAGCAGCGAAAGUUAGCCAAGAAGCAGCUGCUGAUGCUGCUAAAGCAACCAAAGAAUAUACUGCUGCUGGUGCUCAAAAAACUCAAGAAGUCUUCAAUGAAUAUGUUGCACCUGCAGCUUCUGAUACAUUGAAUGCAGUAAAAGAUACAGUUGUCGGAGCAGCUCACGCUACUGUUGAAAAAACUCAAGAAGUCUUCAAUGAAUAUGUUGCACCUGCAGCUUCUGAGACAUUGAAUGUAGUAAAAGAUACAGUUGUCGGAGCAGCUCACGCUACUGUUGAAAAAACACAAGAAGUCGUCAACGAAUAUGUUAUUCCUACAGCACAAGCUGGUUUUGAAAAAACUCAAGAAGUAUACAAUGAAUAUGUUGCACCAACCGCCGCAGCUGGUGCUGAAAUUGUUAAAGAAAAAGUUCUUGAAGCAACUGAUGUUUUGAAAGAAAAAACAGCUGAAGCAACUGAGAUUCUUAAAGAAAAAGCCACUGAAGCAGCUAAAGUUGGUUCAGAAUAUGCUGAAAUAUUUGGUGAAAGAGCUGCUACAGCUGCUGAAGCUGGUAAUGAAUAUUUAGUACAUGGUGCUGAAGUUGUCAAAGAAAAGGCUACAGAAUAUGCUGAUGAACUUCUCAAACAAAGUCAAAUUUUCAAAGACAUAGCUAAAGAAAAAUUUGACGAUGUUGCUGCUGAAACAAUCAAAAGCGCAAAAGAAUUUGCUGCUGAAGCUUUAAAAGCUACCAGUGAAUAUACAGCUCAAGCCGGUGAAAUGUUUCAAGAAAAAGUUCCAGAAGUUCUUGAAGCUGGAAAGGAAUAUGCAGCCAAAGCUGUUGAGCUAGGUCAAGAAUAUGGCAAAGAAGCACUCGAAAAAACUGAAAAAUAUGUUGAACAAGUAUAUGAAGCUGGUAAAGAAAAAGCAGAAGAACUUCUUCAAGAUGCUAAGAAGAAAUUGGAAGCUCAUACACCAGGAACAGUAACUGUUGAUACAUUUACAUUUGAAAAAAUAAUAAAUAAUUUUGAUGUUGUCUUAGCAAAAUUUGAUGAUAAAUAUCCUUAUGGAGAUAACCAAGAUCAAUUUAAGAAAUUUGCUGAAAGCGUAGCAAAUACAAAAACUCUUAUUCUAGCUGAAAUUCCAAUAACAGAUUAUGGUGACAAAGAAAAUGAACAAUUAGCUAAAGAAUAUAGUGUAACUAAAGCUGAUUUUCCGGCAUAUAAAUUAUUUCUUAAAGGAAAAUCUAAACCAAUCGAUUAUACAGGUGAUAAAACUGAAGAUGAUCUUAAACAUUUUCUUUCCAAAAAUACAGAUCUUUGGUUUGGUUUACCUGGUACACUUGAGAUAUUAGAUCGUAUAUCUCGAGAAUUUUUUGAUGCAUCAUCAUCAAAUGACGAAACAAGUCAAAAAUCAUUACUUGAAAAAGCACGAGAACAUGUUAAAGGUUUAGUUAAUAAAAAAGAGCAAAAGAGUGGUGAAUCUUAUUUAAAAAUAAUGGAAUCAGUUGUUAAACAAGGUGUUGAUUUUCUUAAACGUGAAGGACGACGUGUACAAAACUUAUUGAAAGGAAAGAUUAACAAUGAAAAACGAGAAGAAUUACAACAUCGUGCAAAUAUUCUUCUUUCAUUUAAAUCACUUAAAGAAGCUGUAACUGAAACACUUGAUGAAAUUAAAGAUAAAGUUGUUGAAGCUGCUAAACAAGUCAAAGAAACUGUCACCGGCAACACAGACCUAUAA